CGUAGAUAUCAGGAGCAUAUAAUUGUUAUUAUGACUUAAAUGAAAUCAUUCUUUGUCGAUUAUUGUACCUGGGGGACACUGUAGAGGAUUCUACCUUGAAGAAAUGAGCUGACAGGAUCAUGUGUGACGUUUGUUCGGAUGUGGUAUUGCUGUUGGAAACUCAUGAUGACCGACAGCAUGUUAGUGGAGGGCUUCAGCUCAACAAACGAGAGGUCAUGGCUGUACUGCUGUAUGUCGCCUCAUGGCCUCAAAGGCAGUGUAUGUGUUGCUACAAAGACUUUAAAAAUUUUGAACGGUUCAACAAUAUAGUUCAGGUCAUCCUGAGUAUAGCUAUACGAGCAAUACAGACUCUGCCAGAGGACUAUGAAUUGGAACUGGUAAAAGAAAGCCAAAAGAAAGAACUUGCUGAGAAAGAAAAAUUGUCUAAUGGGGAGAAAGACAAAGAAAAGUCACAUGAUGAUGAUGGGGAGGAUGUUAUUGGGGAGGACGAAGAUGAAGAAUUCUGGCUGCUGGAGGAAAAAGAUAGACUUCUUCAGUUUGUCACAAAAGUGUUCCUGAUGAACUUUCCGCCAUAUGUGGCAUACAAGCACAUUGUUCAUUCAUCGUUGGAGGAUCCUGAUGUUCCCCCCUACCUGGUGAGGAAUGUGUGCGUCUUCUGGGACAGUAAUGGAAUGCAGGCCAUGAACCAGUGCUUUGAGAGAGCCACUCCAGAAACUCUGCCCUUCACUGUGGCACACACCCUCAUUACAAUUAUUGCUAAUCUGCGGUUGUGGAUGAACAUACCUACGGUGAUGCAAUAUAUCAUCCCUCUGAAGACGGCUGUUAUCAGGUACAUGUGUAAAUUGUCAGAUAAGGACCUGCGCAUGGCAGGAACACGCAACAUGACAGACCUGAUGUGGGCUGCCGUCAAGGAGCCUCUAGAUACACAUUUCACAUUUGACAAGGAAGGCCUUGACCUGGCCUUCAAGUACUUCACCUGCUCCACACUGACAAUACGAUUGGCCGGAAUUACACAAAUUAAUAAUCAGAUUAAUAUCUACAAUGAAAGUUGUAACAAUGAGACAUUAGCUGAUGCAGAAAGUGCUGGUAAUCAGCUAGCAUCUUGGUUGAUUGACAGUAAAAUCAUAGAGCAUAUAUUUGGACCAAAUCUCCAUGUGGAGUUAAUCAAGCAGAGCCAGGUGAUCCUGAACUUCCUGGCCAUGGAGUGGAGGAUAACCAACGAGCACAUAGACUGUAUAUGGGCAGCCAGUCAGCUGAAGCACUGCGGUAAGCAGGUGUAUGAUAUCCUCAUACCCCUGAUCAAGAACCUGGAGCUACGUCCUGUACAACACCUCCUCAAACUGCUGUCCAAGUUAGAACCUGCAGCUCACACAGAAUCUACCUUGUACCUGGCCUCAGCUCUCAUUAAGUGUAUCUGGAACAGUUACUCAGUGAGCCAGUGUCCUGUGUCCACUAUACAGCACCAGCCCCAGGUACAGGCCCAGAUGGAGGCUUACACUGCCAUAGCCAGACAGAAUGAGGAGAUAGAACGUGCUGGAUUAGGAAAGGCAGGCCAGCAUGAGGUGAGCAGCAGUAACAGCUCCCAGCUGAGUGAAGGGUCCAGAGAGGACGGCACCUCCAGAAAGGUAAUCUGCCGGCCUCACAAUAUGGAGGGAUCGGGGGAGGCUGGGAUGUGUCGAGGCCGAAAGUCUGGUGUGGCAGAAGGGGGUGAGUCUGAGGAGAGCAAUCUCAGCGCUGAUUCUGAGGGUAGUGCCCCUGGGGUGGGACACCACUGCGGCCUGGAGGGGGCCGUGUGUGACCAGGUACACAGGGACCUCCAUGUGGUCAGAAUGGGGCGCAGACACAAACACAUGGAAAAGGAGCGACACAGUGGCAGUGAAGCCAGCGAGAGUGAAGUGGAGUGUAGCGAGUCCAGUGAGGAAAUAGAGACUGAGGGAGACACAGAACAGGAGUCAGCAGAGGAGCCGGCAUGUAUAGGGGCAGUGUGGUCACGGUGGGGAGGAGCGAGGGGCUGGCGAGGCAGGGAAGGGCGGCGAGGAUAG